GUGGGGCUGAAAUCGAAAUUCAUAAUGGCUCAACCUCGUGAUGAGGGCUCAUCUUUAUUAUUAUCGCUAAACCAUAGCUCAAACCAUGGACCCAGCAUACAAGAGUCUGUGCAGAUUUCUCCAUCACAUAAAAGAUCCUCAUUUUGUUGCCAGAGACCCGAGCGACUGUGGAGCACUAGUAUUGUAGCCCUAGCAGCUGCUCUGUCUCCUCUAGUAGGUGGAUAUGCACUGGGAUAUCCAUCCUCUUCUCUUAUCAACUUGAGCAACAUGACACAUAACCGCUCCUUGGUAAACGGGUCUGUUCUUGUUGACACUUAUGGGGCUUUAGUUCCCUUUGGUGCAUUAUUUGGAGGAGCAAUGGCCGGCUUUUCGGCUGAUACACUUGGACGUAAGCCAACAAUUAUCAUAGCACUGUUACCAUAUUUUGUGGGCUGGAUACUGCUUGGCAUUUCAUGGUUCAUUAACAAUUCAAUUGCUUUUAAAGUGAUCAUACUAGUUGGUCGUUUCAUAACUGGCUUUGGAGCAGGAUGGGCCACACUCGUUGCACCAGUGUACGUCGGAGAAGUUUCUGCUCCUUCACUGAGAGGGUUUUACAGUUCACUGCCACAGCUGCUACUAAAUGUUGGGAUCUUCCUUAUAUACUGCAUUGCAGUUAUCCCUGGCAUUGAGUACUACCAAACUGCUUUCAUUGCAGCCGGCAUGAGUUGUAUUGCAUUUCUCAUUGUAAUAUGGCUACCAGAAACACCUCGGUUUCUCAUUGCCAAGGAGAACUUUAAAAAAGCUUUGAAGGUCCUUGUGUUUCUACGAGGACCUACUAUGAAUGCUCAAGAAGAGAUAGCAGAGAUUGAAGGAGCAAUUGCAAAGCAAAAGAAGCUCUCUUGUAUUGAGACCCUGCGUGAGAUGAGACAUCGUAGUGUCUACCUUCCGUUUAUAUUAAUGCUUAUGGUGAUGUUCUUUCAACAGUUUUCAGGCAUAAACACGAUUGCAUUUUAUGGCGAAAUAAUACUAAAGGAUGCAGGGCUGAGUCAAGAAAUGGCAAAGUACAUGGCCCUUUUGUCCAUCGGUCUUUGCCCUGUUAUUUUCACGCUGCCUACCGUAUUAACUGUUGAUUUAGUGGGACGAAAAAUCCUCCUAAUGGCCAGUGCUUUAAUCAUGGGUUUCAGCUCGUAUGGCUUAGGUCUAUUCAAUAGAUACGAGAACCUCAAUAUAUUGGGCAUCGUGUCAAUGAUAUGUUUUGAGUUUGGAUUCAGCAUUGGAUAUGGACCUAUACCAUGGAUCAUGAUAGCCGAAAUGAUACCUUUACGAGUUAGAGGUCAACUUGGUGGUAUACUGGUCGGGUUCAGCUGGGGCUGUGCUGCAUUGAUUACUGGAUUCUAUUUUGUGUACGUUGAAUAUGUUGGAGCUGAUUAUGCCUGGUGGACUUUUGGAUUUUUAAAUAUCGCCUCUUUCGCUUUUGUUGCUUUCUUCCUCCCCGAGACAAAGGGAAAGAAACUUGAAGUGAUGGAGAAACAGUUUUUAAACAAUUAUAAGUUAUGUUCAUACCGAUAAUUUGUUUUUAUGCUUUUGUAGAAAAUACAAUAGUACAGUAA